AUGAGUUCCUAUCAGCAGAAGCAGCCAUUUAUCCCACCACCUCAGCCUCAUGACCAGCAGGUGAAACAGCCGUGCAUACCACCACAAGAUACAUUUGUUCCUAUAACCAAGGAACCAUGUUAUCCCCAGGUCCCACAACCUGGCAACCCCAAGGUUCCAGAGCCAGGCUACCCCAAGGUCCCUGAUCAAGGCCAAAACAAGUACCCACAGCCAUACCCUUUACCAGUCACUCCAGGCCCAGACCAGCAGAAGACCAAGCAAAAAAUCAUGAGUUCCCAUCAGCAGAAGCAGCCAUUCACCCCACCACCUCAGCCUCAUGACCAGCAGGUGAAACAGCCCUGCCUGUCUCCACAAGAUACAUUUGUUCCCAUAACCAAGGAACCAUAUCAUCCCCAGGUCCCACAACCUGGCAACACCAAGGUUCCAGAGCCAGGCUACCUCAAGGUCCCUGAUCAAGGCCAAAACAAGUACCCACAGCCAUGCCCUUCACCAGUCACUCCAGGCCCACACCAGCAGAAGACCAAGCAGAAGUGA